AUGCCGAAGUUGUUCCUUUUGCUGUAUGUGACACUGUUCUACCAUGUGUCACAGUCAUUGGGUCGCAUCAUUGCCCUUCCGACGGGGAGCGACGCUGGCUCCAUUGAACUCUCUGGUGAACCAUUUCCCUCUGGGGACGUCGCACUGGUAGUCAACGACACGGCCAUUGCCAACAUCAUGCCUACCGUAGUUAAGAUGGUAAAUAAUAUGCUCGGUAAGUACACUAUUCCGUCACGGGAGGUAAAUGGCAUUCAGUUGGGUGAUAUUCCCAUUACUGGCAUAAAAAUCGGAAACAUUUCCCUCGAAAUAAAGCAUCCGAACAAGCUUGUGUUGAAUGUGACUGAUAUCGUUGCAGACGCGGAGGACACAACCUUCAGCAAGAGUUUGGUGAUUACCUCAUGUAGAGGGAAGGUCCGAGCAUCAGUUGCGGUUUCUAGCGCUUCCCUUGUGUUGGGCCUUUCCGUAGAUGAUGACGAAAAACUGAAGAUAACCGUUGACGAUAUGAACGUUCGGUUCGCCAAGUUAAACUUAACGCCAAAGUUGGUCAAUUGGUGCAUGGUGUUCGAUAACUUUAUAAUCAAAUUCAUUAAACAGCAGGAGGGAAGCAUUAUGGGCAACCUGCAGGGGGAGAUUCCACGGGCGGCAAUGGGUCCACUGGAAGAAAAAUUGAACGAUUUUAUUGCCACAGCACCUCUUGUUUUCCCAGAAAGCCCGAAAAUUACCGAUGGGGAGUUGCAGGUUUUGGUGACAAUUGUUGCUCCAUCCCCGGGAGGGGGGUCGAAUUCGUCCGCCAAGACUCCUCUACUUGACGUGCCCUUUCCCGAAAGAAGCUUCGGUGUAGUUGCUUCCUUUACUGCUGUAAACACUGUCUUGGUCCCUCUCGUUAAUAAAAGUAUUGUGAAAUUUACCAAAAAGUUCGCCCAGGAGUUUAACACCUCUUUGAUAAGUGCCAUGUACCCCGAGGCUUACCUUCUCUGUCCAGAUUGCCCCUUCAUGGUUUCAGUUAAGGCGGAGACUGCGGUGCAUUUGGAACCCGUAGGUUUGGAUAGCCUCAUUCUCCAUCUUUUAGGCAUCCGACUGGCGUUGGAAAUGAAACCCCCUGAAGGUGAUCCCAUUCCCGCGAUGAGACUACUGUGUAACACGACAGUUUCUCUGUCAAGCCUUUAUUUUGACUCCAGCGGUGCCAUCCCUUUGGAAAUGGAUUUGCUUGACCUGGCGAUUGAUGUAGAAACUUCAAAUAUUGGAGCGAUUGAUCAGCUCACGCUGAACGACAUACUUUCGAGGGAGCUCAGAGACAAGGUAAUCCCUGCGGUCAACGAGAAAAUCUCAACGAUAACGAUUUUUGAUAACACCACAGAACCGUUGCUGAACGUUACCAGUGAGUCGAUUACGUUCGCGUUGAAUGUGCCGCGUGGAAACUCUUCAAAUGAGACCUCAUUAACGACCGUAUGA